UUUGGCCAUGACCUUACGGUCACCUUGGCACCUUUCCAUCCAGAUCCAACGCGCACGCACGGCGACCGCGGGCCCUGCAUGCUCUAUGGCAGACCUACCGUACCUAGCUAUAGACACAAGAUUGAACUUUGAAUUGAUAAUUGAUCAGACAUAAGGUAAAUGUAGAUUUCAGCAUGGCUGACUAUGAAUCUGAUAAGACAGGACUUGCUACAAAUGAAACCAGUGGAAUUUGGACCAAAUUCAGCCUAGUUCUGGGCAUAAGCACUGUCGGCCUGCUGUUUUUCAGACGGUAUUUCCACGGUGCGAAAUGUCGGAGCCUAGCCCAACUGACUGGCAAAACUGUCAUCGUAACGGGGGCCAAUACGGGGAUUGGGAAAGCCACAGCACUGGACCUGGCCCGUCGACACGCCCGGGUCAUCCUGGCUUGCAGGGACGUUCAGAAGGCCAAGCAAGCUGCCGACGACAUUCAACGCUCCACUCACUCCCAGCAGCUCGUGGUCAAGCAUCUGGACCUGGCCUCCUUGAAAUCCAUCAACAAGUUUUGUGAUGACAUCCUAAAGACCGAGCCGCAACUGGACAUUCUCAUCAACAAUGCCGGGGUCUCCUGGCUGCCAAAGCUGACUAGGACAGAGGAAGGGUUGGAGACGCAAAUGGGAGUGAAUCACUUUGGACACUUCCUCCUGACUAAUCGGCUUCUCGGUCUCCUAAAGAAGUCCUCUCCUGGUGCCCGCAUCGCCAUUGUGUCCUCUUCACUCCACAAGAAGGGGAAAAUUGACUUUGCCAAUCUCAACGCGGAGAGGGGCUACAACCAGUUCCAGGCCUACUACGACAGCAAACUGGCCAAUGUGCUGUUUGGGCAAGAGCUUCACCGUCGUUUGGAGUCGGAGAAAGCUGGCGUGUCUGUCUACACCCUUCAUCCCGGGGUCAUCAACACCGAACUGAACAGGCACACCAUGCAUCCUCUUCUCCUGAAGUUCUUCCUCCGUCCACUGUUCUGGCUCUUCAUGAAGACCCCGACCCAGGGAGCUCAGACGACCAUCUAUUGUGCCGUUGCUGGGGAGCUGGAAGGGUUGAGCGGCCGUUACUAUGGCAACUGUAAGGAGGAGCCAUUUCCUGCGGUGGCAUCGCGAGCUGACGAAAGCAUUGCUAAGAAACUGUGGGAAGUUAGUGAAAGGCUUACAGGCCUUAAAGAGGACUAAAGAUGAGAUACACAACAACACUGCAUGAUCAUGAAAUUUUGUAGGCAUCUUUUACUUAAAAGUAACAGAAGUAAUAAUAGAAUGCUUGCAAUGUGUCUGUAAGUUGAUGAAAGCAUUGCUAUGAAACUGUGGGAAGUUAGUGAAAGGCUUACAGGCCUUGAAGAGGACUAAAGAUGAGAUACAAAACAACACUGCAUGACCAUGAACUUUUGUUGACAUCUUUUACUUAAAAGUAACAGAAGUAAUAAUAGAAUGCUUGAAAUGUCUCUUUAAGUCCCAAGAGUAGCUUAGUCUGAUUGAGUAUUUUCUAAUGUUACUUCAUGUCAGUUUUGGUUUUGUUUGAGUUAUUUCAGUUUGUGCAGAUGCUUCAGUGUUACAGUUCCUUUUGAAGGAAAAAAAAAAAAAAUUGCCUUUUUUGCUGUAGCCAUUUAUUGCUUUUAUCUGAGUGUGUGUAUAUAUGAGUGCGCCAAAAAAAAGUGCAACAUUCAGAAAAAUAAUUUAAUAAAACUGUUUAAAAUGGUUUUCUUUUAUGAAAUUAUAUAUUACAAUAGAGCCUGACCUAUUCUCAAUCCGCUCCUUUUUACCCCUUUCCAUUUGGGUCCCUAUAUCCAUCGAGAAAUACAACCAAUUAAGUGAAAGGGUGUAAAUUUUACUUGGGCCACUCUCGCCUGGACAUUCUGAAUCUGUGUUGAGCAUUGAAUAGGCAUUGCAGUUGGUGGCAUCACGGGCAAGAGUGGCCCAAGUAAAAUUUUCACCCUUUCACUUAAUUGGUUCAUGGAGCUAUUUCUGGAUCCAGAGACCCAAAUGGAAUGGGGUAAAAAGAAAUGGAUUGAGAAAUAGUCAGGCUUACUGUAAUACAUAGUUUCAUUGAAGAAAAAACAUUCAACGCUUUUAAUUAUUUGUUUUCUGAAUGUUGCACGUUUUUGGGCACACCCUGUAUUCGUCUUUAUUGAAUUAUUAAAUGACAGCCAGUCUAUUUGUAAACCUUACACCGUAAAAAUUAGCUACAUUUGGAGGUUCAUAGUUUGUGCAAAAAAACCCAUCUGUAAUGCGAGUACAGUUGCAGUGCCAUCAGAUGUUACAAAAUGCAUAAUGCAGGGUCGUCAGUAGAAAACAUUUUUGUGUUGCAUGACAUUUUAAAUGCAUGUAUAUUUGUACUUUAUCCCUGUAAUCACCUGAAGUUUUAUUAAGAUCAUUUUGAGUAAUCGCCUGAAAUUUUAAUAAGAUUAUUUUGAGUUUAGAACUAUAUUUCUGACAUUUUACAUUAUGGAAAACCAAUUUAAUUAUCUUGCUAAUGAUUUAUAUAAGUCUUUUACAAUUCAAUUCAUGAAUCAUUGUUUAUGCAGUUUAGUAAGUUUUAAUAAUUUAUGUAUUUUUUUAUUCCUGUGUUAAAACUGUAUUUGUAUUUUUGUUUUAGUUUUGCACCUCAGCAUGCCAAAUAUUUUUAGAAAAUUUAUAAUCUGCAUGCUUAACUUAAUUAAAAUGUUAUACAUGUAAUAUUAAAAAUAUUAUACAUGUAAUAAAAAAAAUAAUGAUUUCCACAA